AUGUUUGCCACACAUAUACUAACCAUCGGAACCGGAUUAUCAUUACUUCUUUUCCACUUUUACGAUGAUUUCAAUUUGUUUGUCUUUUUGAUGGUCUACUUAUCCAUCGGUUCCGUACUGUCACUGAUGGCCUCCAAACACAAGACAAUUGUUUGGAUGGUUUCCAUUGGCUUCAUAUGUCUUAACGAAUCGAUGUUUAAGAGUAACGAAUCCAGUGUCCAUAGAGUUACCCAGAUAUGGAGUGUUCUCUUGAGUUUAGGAAUCCUCACAAAACUUGAAUAUGACUUACGAGAAGAAUUGUCUCAAAUAUUCAAUGCCUGUAUUCAUGUGCGACGAUGUCUUUAUCGCAACGCCGACUCCAUGAAUGAGAACCAAUCACUCAAAUGCAAU